CUACUCCAGACCAUUUCAAAUCAAGCUAACAUUCAGCGUCUUAUCAAGUUUAAUAAAAUGGGAAAAGACAAAACCCACAUUAAUGUGGUGAUCAUAGGCCAUGUCGACAGCGGAAAGUCUACAACCACCGGACACCUCGUUUACAAAUGCGGUGGCGUAGACCCACGAACGAUUGAGAAAUUUGAGAAGGCUGCAGCCCAGAUGGGCAAGAGCUCCUUCAAAUACGCUUGGGUUUUGGACAAACUGAAAGCUGAAAGGGAACGAGGUAUCACCAUUGACAUUUCUUUACUUAAGUUCAACACUCAGAAAUACACUAUAACGAUAAUUGAUGCUCCUGGCCAUCGGGACUUCAUCAAGAACAUGAUUACCGGGACGUCACAGGCUGAUGUUGCAGUUUUGGUUGUCUCCGCUGCCAAAGGCGAGUUCGAAGCUGGCAUCUCGAGGAACGGCCAGACCAGAGAGCAUGCUUUGCUUGCAUACACCCUUGGCGUAAAGCAAGUGAUCGUCUGCGUGAAUAAGAUGGACCUGACGGAACCGCCCUACAGCCAGAAGCGUUACGAUGAGGUGGUCCGCAGCGUGUCAAUGUUCCUCAAGAAGAUUGGCUAUGAUCCCUCCUCGGUCCCUUUUGUUCCCGUUUCAGGAUGGACUGGGGAAAACAUGCUCACCCCGUCUCAAAAGAUGUCCUGGUUUAAAGGAUGGAAAGUGAGAAGGAAGGAGGGCAACGCAAAUGGGAAAACUCUGCUGGAGGUUCUUGACUCUGUCCACCCCCCAGUACGCUCGGCCACCAAACCCUUGCGCCUACCCCUGCAAGAUGUCUACAAAAUUGGAGGAGUGGGCACUGUUCCAGUGGGUAAGAUUGAAACAGGAGUCCUGAAGCCUGGCAUGGUGUUGACCUUCUCCCCAGCUAAGCUUACUGCGGAGGUCAAGUCCAUCGAGAUGCACCACCAGGGUCUGGAGACGGCGCUGCCAGGCCACAACGUGGGCUUCAACAUCAAGAACGUGUCGGUGAAGAACCUUCGGCGCGGCGAUGUGGCCGGCAACGCCGUGCACGACCCUCCCUCGGAUGUCAGCAGUUUUGUGGCGCAGGUGAUUAUACUGAACCACCCUGGUAAGAUCAAGACGGGCUACUCGCCUGUUCUGGACUGCCACACAACCCAUGUGACCUGCCGCUUUGCCGAGCUGCAGGAGAAGCUGGACCGGCGCACAGGAAGGAAGCUGGAAGACUCCCCACAGGUCCUCGUGUCUGGGGAUGCUGCCACCAUCAGGAUGGUCCCCAACAGACCUCUCUGUGUGGAGAGCUUCUUUGCCUUUCCCCCGCUAGGCCGGUUUGCUGCCAGGGACCUAAAGCAGACGGUGGCUGUGGGAAUAAUCAAGUCUGUGGAGAAGGACCAAGGAUCAAAGAAGCUUGCAAGAAAAGCCCAGUCUUAAAAUGAAUUACUUUAUUUAUCAGUCUGCUGGUAUGAAAAAGCGAUGAUGAAUCUUUAAGUUAAGUAUUUAUAUAAUUUUAGUGUUGCAACACAAAAGUACUUUGUUUAGUUUUUUGGCUGAAGUGGCUUUUUAGAUGGGUCUGUAAGGACUUGGUAAAAUUAAUAUCCUAUUUGUUAGGUUAAGACUGAAGAGCUUUAAAAUAAAAAUCCUUUGACUUGAA